CUCAGUUGCCACUAGUUUGGGUGUUACAAUGCACUUCAUUUUAACAGUGUUGUUGUUGUUUUAGAGAUUAUCAUCUCCUCAUAUCACAUUUAUACUGUUUGUUUGUUUGUUUAAAAUUAGCGGCUUACAGUAUGUGUUGGAUGAAGAUGAGGAGGUUGUUGAAGCACUGGAUUUGGUUUUCAUGGACAAAGGGCAAGAACUGAUACCAAAUGGAGAGGAGGUCCCAGUUACCAUGGUCAACAGGAAGAAAUAUGUUGACUUGUACGUUGACAUGAAGCUCAACAAGUCGGUGCAGAAUCAGUUUGCAGACUUUGAGAAAGGCUUCCACAAAGGCUGCCCUAUACAGGCAUGGAGGAUGUUUCUACCUGAGGAGCUUAUGACACUUCUACAAGGAGAUGACAACUACGAAUGGGACAAGUUGAGAGAGAAUGCCAAGUAUCAAGGAUAUAGGCCCACAGAUGACAUCAUCCAGAACUUCUGGAUAGUUUUCAUGGAGUUCUCUGAGGAGCAAAAGAAGAAGUUCUUAACUUUUCUAACUGGAACGGACAGACUGCCCAGAGGACGAAGUCUCUCCAAACUGCAGAUGCAAAUCACGUCUUUGGGCGGUACUGAUGCUGAUGAAUAUUAUCCGAAAGCACAAACCUGCUAUGUGACGUUAUGCCUCCCUAACUACAGCAGUAUCGACAUACUACAGGAGAAACUUCUCCAUGCUAUCACCCACUGUGAUGUGUUUGGAGAUUUUUGAAAUGGUUAAACUGGGAAUCAUGUAGCGUUUAGUUUUUUUUUAUCCCUGCCUGUCAAUAUUAUUAUUAUUUUUUUAAGUCAUGAAACACAUUCAGAGCUAACAACUGAAAAUCUUCAAACAUGAAGUAGUCAUAAAUAUAGUUUCUUCUAUUUAAAUUACUUUAGUAUUGCGCAAUGUGGACCAAUAUAAAUAUAUAUUUAUUGACAUGUAUUACUCAUGUCUCCUUCAUGCACUGGGAUCACUGGAUACGUGGAGACCUCUGCUGUUUGAAUAUCAGAACGAUGUGCUGUCUUUGUAAAUAUCAUCUUUUAUAAAUGCGAAUGA